UUUCUCUUUGACUUUGAUGACAAUAGAGCAUUAAUUACAUUUACCAAGUAAAUUAUAACAAGGAAAGCUAAAGAGAAGCUGGUCGGUGAGGGCGCGGGUACAUGGAAAUUGGAGUGAGGCAUCGAAGGGAGAAGGGGGGAGGCUCAGCCAAUCAGUAGAGCCGCAGAGAGCAGAGCAGUCAAAAGGUCAAGGGUCAACCUAGGGAAGAGUAGCCCGCCUAUUAAGACAGGGAAGCUUUUGUUUGCGUUCACAAUCAGAAAACUAACAUUAGAAACAGAGGAUUUAUUUUUGCAUUCUAAAGAAGAUAAAGAAAAGAACUAGUAAUCCAUGAAGUGGGCUCCUCACUGCUUUGAUAACAUGUACAGACUGACCAGAGAGAGGCCCGGAUCCCCCGGACCUUUUCUGGGAGAUUUCCUUCCUACUCGUAUUUGUGUCUUGUCCGUUCUUACAGCUAAGGGGAUCGAUGGGUACUGGUAGUAGUAUAAAUAGGAGCUCUACAUCUUUACCUCAAAAGGCCUUUGAUCCCCAAAAAAAACAUCACCAGUCUUUGGCUUGUGUCUGGUUCUAAUACGUGUUAUGCAUAUUUCUCCGUCAGUCUGUCUAUAAUUUUAUAGGGAAUUCUCCCAAAAGAAUAUUUGGGUUUGCAUUUGUUUGUGUGGCUGGGGAGAACGAGGAAGGUGGGGUAAGAUAGCUAGCCAGAGAGAUGAAGAAGAGCGGCGGAGGUGAGGCUUCGAAACCUGAUAGGAAAACCAUCGAGAGGAACCGCAGAAUUCACAUGAAAGCUUUGUGCUUUAAGCUUGCCUCUCUUGUUCCUCAGCAGCGCUUCAAACCCUCCAAGGAAAUUGUAUCGCAAACAGAUCAGCUUGAUCUUGCAGUUGCCUAUAUAAAGCAUCUGAGAGAAAGGAUAGAGAAAUUGAAGGUGAUCAAAGAACAAAUGAUGAAGUCAGUUGAAGCAAGCAGCAACAUCAUGAAUAACAAUGCAUCAGGUGGUUUAGGUUUGCCUGUGGUUGAAAUAAGAGACUUGGGUUCUAGCAUAGAAGUGAUUUUGAUAAGUGGGUUGAAUAAAAACUUCAUGUUAUAUGAAGUUAUUGGCAUUCUUGAGCAAGAAGGAGCUGAAGUUGUGAGCGCUAGCUUUUCCACUGUGGGAGGUAAGAUUUUCCACAAUCUUCAUGCUCAGGUUAAAAUUUCAAGAGUUGGUGUAGAUACUUCAACGGUUUUUCAAAGAUUGCAAGAACUGAUUAGCUAUUACUGAUGAAGAUGGGGUUUAAGAAGCAACUGGAUCGAUCAUCAAGCAUGAAGACACCUGCUUGAUAAAGAAAAUAUAGAUAUGUAGCCACUAGAAUAUAUAUAGCACCUCUAUAGAUUAAGAGUUAUGUAUCCAGGGCAAGUACAAGAAUUUCAAUUGCUAAUUAAGGAGAAGAGCCAAGAGAGUAGAAAGCAGCAAUAUUCAGCAAAAAAAAUUAAAGGAUAUGGCCAUUUCCAAGCUGGAUGUAAACUUCCCAAUCCCGCCAAUGGGUUUUUCUUUUACUCUUUGUUUGUAUUUUUGGCCUGCCAGGCUAUGGUUUUCCAUGCACAGGAAUUAAAAUUAGUAAAUCAUAUUAGUAGCUAUAGUUUCUUGAUAA